GGGCCCAGAGGAAGCGAGAGCAUGGCGGGGAGGGCGCAGCCCGUGCUGGGCGUGCUGUGUGCAGUCUGGGUGACGGUGGCGGCCAUCUCCGUGGACACCCCGCAGGAAGUCCUCCGGGCUGCCCGAGGAAAGAGUGUCACGCUGCCCUGCACCUACCGCACCUCCGCCUCUGACCGGCAGGGGCUGAUCCAGUGGGACAAGCUCCUGCGGAGCCACACGGAAAAGGUGGCUGCGCUGACAAUUCUGGACCACAGUCUCAGCUACGGCGACCGGUACCAGAACCGGGUCAACUUCUCGAGCAAUGCCCAGCAGUCCGACGCCUCCGUCACCAUCCACCAGCUCACCAUGGACGACAACGGCACCUACGAGUGCUCCGUGUCGCUGCUGAAGGACCUGGACGGCACCUCCAAGGGGCGUGUCCGCCUGCUGGUCCUCGUGCCACCCUCCAAGCCAGACUGCAGCAUCCAGGGGGAGACGGUGAUCGGGAACGACAUCCAGCUGACCUGCCAGUCCAAGGAGGGCUCCCCGGCCCCGCAGUACAGCUGGAAGAGCUUCGACCCCCGGAACCAGGAGCGGGUGGGCCCGCCAGGCCUGGGGCAGACCUUGACCCUGAAGAACAUCUCCACAGACACCUCGGGCUUCUACAUCUGCACCUCCAGCAACGAGGUGGGGACGGAGUCCUGCAACAUCACGGUGACCGUCAGGCCUCCCUCCAUGAACGUGGCCCUGUACGCGGGUGUCGCCGGCGGCGCGGUGGCGGCCCUCAUCCUGCUCGGCGUGCUCAUCUACUGCUGCUGCUGCCGCCGGUCGAAGGGCGAGGAGGAGGCGGCCAGGCCGAGUCGGUCCAUCUACCGGGAGCCCCAGGAGCAGCUGAGGGACCUGUCACAAGGGCGGCCGGAGGACGAGGACUCCGAGCAGGGAGGCCCGGGGAGCCGCCGUCACUCCUGACCACGCUGGCCGAGGGCACCCAGGGCCUGCCGCCAGUCAGGGGUCCCUCCCCAGCUCCCCCACCCCGCCCCCACUCCGGCCCACUUUCCUGAGCCUCCCCCCGGGUACUGACGGUGCUUCUGUCCCCUGGGUCAGCGGUGGGGGCCCGGCUGGGCCUGGCUGAGCGGCUGUCACCUGCCAAGGGAGCCCUCCCCACGGCCGGGCCUAAGGGGACCGCGGUGUGCCCAGCGCUGGGGCAGUGCCUGGAGGGG